ACGGGGCACCCGAGACGUAAACCUGGCAAACAUGGCGACGCUCCGGGGAGAGUACGGAGAUUGGAAAUACGAGCGCUUUUAACCCGACGAAACAACCUCCUCCUCGCAUGUUACAAUGUGGCGGGGUUAGCCGCAGCCUCCGCACUAACAGCCUUUUAGACGAUGCUCGCAGAGGUAAGCCAGCGCCGGCGAAACCGACGCGCGUGUCCCCGCAAGUAGUUUGUUUUCCAGCGGUGGGCUAACGCGGCUAGUUAGCUUGUAGCGGCUAGCGUCGUGUAGCGCUAACCCCGCAGGUAAACACUCAGCUUGUCAGCCGGGGAGAGGACGGGACGUGGCCGCGCUGCUCGCCUGCUAUAAGUGGCGGUCAGCCCCGGGAUUACACGGCUAACGCUACGUUAAUACGAUGAUCUUAGGAUGUGCGCACUGUCAACACCGUGCUUGAAUUAGCUCGACACAGGCAGUGUCGGUAGUAUGCGUUUAGAUUAUGAGUAACGACCCUCGAGAACGAAUUUCUACAUCACAACAAACACAGGCCAGUCUAUCCAUCUGGGGAUGGGGGGGUCUUGGAGUCGUGCUGUUCCUCGUCACCUUUGGACCCUUUGCCAUAUUCUACCUGGCCUUUUAUAUCUUCUGCUUUGUUGGAGGGGGCUUUGCGGUCACUCUGCUCUAUGGAAAGAUCAACUCAGAGAAACACCUGGAGAAAUGCGAGCACUCUUACUUGCCACCCACACAGAUUGGUAUAGUGAAGACAUUGGAUGAGAUGAAGCUAGAAAUGAAGCCCAUAAGGAUUGACCGGAGAUUGACUGGCUCCAGUUUUAUAGAUGAACCACUACAACAGGUGAUCCAGUUCGCUCUGAGAGACUACAUCCAGUACUGGUACUACACUCUGAGCGAAGAUGAAUCCUUUAUAUUGGAGAUCAGACAAACACUGCAGAACGCACUCGUCCAGUUCUCCACACGGUCCAAAGAGGUGGACUGGCAGCCUUACUUUACCACUCGCCUGGUGGACGACUUUGCCACCCAUUUACGUGUCUUCAGAAAAGCCCAGGAUCGCCUCGCUGACAGAGAGGACAAGCAGAGAGACAUAACGGAGGAGCUGGUGGACUCGUUCUUUGAAGCCGAGGUGGAGAUGGAGAGGAAGAUUUGCCGAGACGUAGUGUGCACUUCAAACAAAGACGAAGAAGGUUUCCUUCGGGACUUGUGUGAGUUGCUUCUGUAUCUGUUACUACCUCCUGGAGAUUUCCACAACAAGAACAUGAGAUACUUCCUAAGGGAGGUGUUGGCUCGUGGUGUGCUGCUUCCUCUGAUCAACCAGCUGAGCGACCCGGACUACAUCAACCAGUUUGUCAUCUGGAUGAUUCGGGACUCCAGUUGUAACUAUGAAGCCUUCAUGAACAUACUGAAGUUGACAGACAAACCUCCUGAGCUGGAGGCUGUCAAGGACAAGGUGGUGGAAGAGCUGCAGUAUCUCCGCUCCCUGGACACUGCUGGAGAUGACAUCAAUGUGAUCAAAAACCAGAUAAACAGUCUUCUGUUUGUGAAGAAGGUUUGUGAGACCAGGAUCCAGAGGCUGCAGUCUGGCAAGGAGGUGGACGCCUUGAAGCUGGCAGCCAACUUCGGCAAGCUGUGUGUUAUCCCCCUGGAUCACAUCCUCGUCCACAACAUAGCCCUGCAGUUCUUCAUGGACUUCAUGCAGGCAGCGGGGGCGCAGGCCGAGCUGUUUUUCUGGCUCACUGUGGAGGGCUACAGGGUGACGGCACAGCAGCAGCUGGAGGCCAUGCAGGGCUGGCAGAAAGACGGCAAGAAGCAGCCCAGCGCCACCAAAGGACUGCUGAAGGCCGCUGCACUCGGUGUCUUCGAACAAUACCUCUCUGAAAAGGCAUCUCCCAGGGUGCAGGUGGAAGAGGAGUCUGUAACUAAACUUGGGGAGAAGCUGCAGAAGGAAGAUCCCACGCCGGAGAUAUUUGACGAAAUCCAGAGACAGGUGUAUGACAUGAUGCUACGUGAUGAGCGCUACUACCCCUCCUUCAAGCAGAGCCCUCUGUACGUCCGCAUGCUCGCAGAGCUGGAUAUGUUGAAAGAACCAAGUUACCGGGGAUCUGACGACGGCGAUGGAGAGUCUUUCAAUGGCUCUCCCACAGGAAGCAUAAACCUAUCUUUGGACGACUUGUCCAACUCCUGCCAUGAUGAAUCUAUGCACCUUCAUGCCUUCAUCUCCGACACAGCUGACGCUUGUCUCCCCGGCUUCUGGGGUGCUGCAGGGGUUUGCAACGACCACGGUAAGACCUACGCGCUGUACGCCAUCACUGUGUUCAGACGCAACCAGGAUGGCAGCGAGGACUGCUGGAAGACCUACCGCCGCUAUUCAGACUUCCAUGACUUCCAUAUGAGGAUCACUGAACAGUUUGAGAACAUGGCGUCGAUCCUCAAGCUGCCAGGAAAAAAGACAUUCAACAACAUGGACAGAGACUUCUUAGAGAAGAGAAAAAAAGACCUCAAUGCUUACCUACAGUUGCUGAUGAACCCAGAGAUGGUGAAGGCCUGCCCAACUCUGAUUCCUUAUGUCUACGACUUCCUAGAAAACAAGGCCUACAGCAAGGGCAAAGGAGAGUUCGCACGAAAGUUUUUGCAUAAUCCUGCUCACAAAAAACUACCCAACCAACAUAUGACCUCCUUGGUGGAGAUAGACACAUUUGUAAAUCCUCUGAAGAGCUCAAUGAGGAACGUGUCCAAUGCGGUGAAGGCCCUGCCGGACAGUCUGGCUGAAGGAAUGACCAAGGUAUCUGACAACAUGGGACGCAUGUCAGAAAGACUGGGUCAGGACCUUAAACAGUCCAUACUGAAGGGGCCCCCACUCCUCCCCAAGUCAGACAUCGACCCUGAACACUGUCGAGUCUCCGCACAGCUCGAUGACAACGUGGACGAUAACAUCCCGCUGAGGGUAAUGCUGCUGCUGAUGGAUGAAGUGUUUGACCUGAAGGAGAAAAAUCAGUGGCUGCGCAGGAACAUUAAAAACCUGCUGCAGCAGCUCAUCAGAGCGACAUAUGGAGACACCAUCAACAGGAAAAUCGUGGAUCAUGUGGACUACUUGACUUCACCAGAGCAGGUGGCUGACUAUGUCAAGAAGUUCAGGGAUUCCUACUGGCCCAACGGUAUACUGGCUGAGACAACGCCCCGCCGGGACAAGAGCAUCCGCAUGAGGACACGAGUAGCUGCCAAGACCAGCCUGCUGGGUAUCAUGCCAGAUGAACUGAAGCACAUCAUUGGAGCGGACACCACGAGAAAGGGCAUCCUGCGCGUCUUCGACAUGUUCCAGUACCAACCAAUGAACCGGCGGCUCGUCUACGUUUUCCUGGAGGGCUUCUUGGAGACAAUGUUCCCCCAGUACAAAUUCCCCGAGCUCUUUGUUAAGCUGCACUCCCGCUCACCGCGCAUCCACAGAUACAGCCAGAAACUCAAAUCGGCCUCUCUCAAGAGGUGACAGGAAAGGACGAGGCAACGGGACCGACUAGACACACACAGACUUGGGAGUGAAGGGUGAGAGCGGGGGCUUGACUUGAGGUGUGUGUGCGUGUGCGUGAUCUCUGCCCUUCCACUUCGCUCACACUCUUUGGUGAACAACACUCCUAUGAUCAAGCCGAUUGUCUCUUUGAAAACCGAAGGAUGAACAACAGACUCUGCCCUCCUCACGCUCUGUGACACACACAUGCGCAAACACAAGUCCUGUAAUUUGCACCAAGACUGAACAUGGCAGUCUUUUCUUUUAGCUUCUAUAUUUUUCUCCCUCCUUUUUGGACUUUUUAGUUGUCAAGCUUUAUCCUGGGCCAGUCGAUGCUGCUUUCACGUGGUCCAGAGAGCUGACCACAGAUACUGUAUUGUUUUUAAACUGCAGGAGUAGAUAGCGUAGACCCACACCUUGCCUUACCGUUCCCGUUUCUUCUGUCUUUCAGCCAGCUCAGUCUGCCAUCAUUAAGCUGGCCGUCGUUAUAGCUACCCUCAAUGCUGUAGACAUGUCAACUGCGAAAUCUAUAUUUUGUUUUCACAGCACCAAAUAUGUCAAUAUCACUGGGUUGAAGAGGCGCUGUUUUUAAAAAUGUGACUGAACAAAUGUGGGUCGAAAGGAUGAUUUUUAUUUUUAUUGUCAGCAUUUUUUUUCCCAGCCUCAAUGCUUCUCUUGACUCAUAUUUUUUCCCCCUUUUUUUGCUCGUCCGAAGUGUGACAUCAUCUGUGCCGCCCACGAUCCUCAAAGAGUAGGCCACCUCCCCUUUAACGCUAAUGUCAUAACCUGUGACGACCAAAGCUCACGCUGUUCCUACGUGUGUGUGUGUGUGUGUGUGUGUGUGUGUGUGUGUGUGUGUGUGUGUGUGUGUGUGUGUGUGUGUGUGUGUGUGUGUGUGUGUGUGUGUGUGUGUGUGUGUGUGUGUGUGUGUGUGUGUGUGUGUGUGUGUGUGAUAUUGAUGACGACGACGGGAUCCUCUAAACAUGCUGUGCAUCAUAUCAAUAAUCAUGUUGGAGCAAGAGAAUGAAGUGUUGACCUGAAAGCUGAGGCUGCGACGACACGCUGAAGUGUGUCACAGUUGUAGGGAGCUCAACUUUGGAGCUAUCGGAGAAUCUAGCUUCAAAGAAUGUAUUUCUGUGUGUGUGUGUGUGUGUGUGUGUGUGUGUGUGUGUGUGUGUGUGUGUGUGUGUGUGUGUGUGUGUGUGUGUGUGUGUGUGUGUGUGUGUGUGUGUGUGUGUGUGUGUGUGUGUGUGUGUGUGUGUGUGUGUGUGGGGCACGAAGAUCUAACCCUCUUCAGUCAGAAACUGUGCCAGUCUGAGCGAGUGAACCAGCCUUAAACCUACAUAGAGUAUAAACUGACCGAGAGACGCACACUAGAGGGAGCUCUCCUCCACAUGACUGAACGUUACAAGGAGAUCGACAUAGAGAUAUGGAGAAAUAUCCCUAAUCACUUUUAUUCAGAGAAGAUUUAAUUUAGUGCAAUAUUUUUGUUCUUUAAUGCAUGUGCAUUUUGAAUCGUAUACUGGAACAAGUAAUUCACAUUGUUUUUAAAGUAAAGAACACAAAAGAAGUCCCCAGAAACGUCUUCUUAUCCCAACAACUUAACAUUCCGUUGUUGUAACAAUACAAUGUUCAUUUUACAGACUUGUUUUAUAAGUCGGUGGUUUGUUAGUUUUGGGUGUGAGGGGAGUAUUUUCCACUCAUCCCUCACCCACUCGAGAGGGUUUUUGGGUAUUGAUCAGGGUGGUGUCAGAAGGGGGGUUUGUGUCACAGCCUGAUUGUUAGCUCAUCGGGACAUAGCUAGCUCAGAGGCGGCCACAAAACAACUGCUUCUAUUUAACUCGUAAGUGGCGUUUUAUGCAUUAGAGCUCAUUCUGUCGAGUGUGAACAGAUGUCGUGAACGGACAGCUGGAGGGACCGCCCCUUUCCGCCUGUCCAAUAGUCACUCAGACUCACGGGAGAGCUUUGUGACCUGUGACCAAUGGAAUCACUGCUAAUGAGCACUUACCGUAGCAACUGUGCGAGGGUCUCUCCCGUUGGCUGGACGGAGCCCCGUUCUGCUGCAGCCGUCGGACAGGACACGAUCGCCUGCUGUGAUUCGCUUACACUGAGCAGCAAUGGUGGACUCUGAUUGGCUGAGGGAGGACAUGAACUGGAGCCUCUCUUACCGGUAGAGGAGGAGACGUCACCUUUAACUUUCUGCACACCUCUCCAUACAGGAAGGCUUGUCGUUUUUUUCCCACUUUUUUUAACCCCCACUAUAUAUGAAUCUAUUAUAAAGAAAAUUGUGCAUAUCUGUGUACAGUAUGUGUUAAUAGUGUGCCUAAAUGUACUGUCAACUCUAUUUUCAUAUUUUUCUUUAACCUAAGAAAAAAAAAAAUCAAUCAGAAUGUCAUGAUCAUUUUACGCAACUGAAAAUGACUUUAGGGUGUUUUUUUGCAUUAUGCUUAUCAAACUGUUCCUUGUGAGCAACUGUGCUCAGAUCAGUAUAACACUAAUAAACGGUUACUCAGACUAACUGA